UGUGGUGUACAUGAGCUAAUCUGCAUUAGAAAAGUAUCUCCUGAAGCAAUUGGAUUCCUGUCUGCAGUUGGGGUAUUCAUUAUCCUCAUGUUGCUACUUUUCCUAUAUAUUAAUAAGAAGAUGUGUUUUGAAAAUGUUGGUGGUUUCCCUGAUCUUGAUUCAGGAUACCCUACGAGAAAGAAUUCACAAGAUAAGCUUUACAACUCUUAUAUGAGUAAAGAUCAGCAUGGUUCAUCAUCUGAGAGUGAAGAUGAAGCACUGGGUAAAUAUCAUGAGGCCCUGUCUAGAACCCAGAGUUCCAGGCUGCCAGUGGUGGAUGGCAGACAGCAAAAAAACUAUGUAUGGGAAACCAGGCAAAAAUAUAGCCCCCUGUCUGCAGAAUAUGAUGGAUACAGUAGUGAAGCCUCAAUAGAUGAAGCUAACUGCAUUCAGAGAAUGAGAAGAACGCCUCCACUAGAUGAACUGCAGCCACCUCCGUAUCAGGAUGAUAGUGGUUCUCCUCAUCUAUCAUGUACACCUUCUGAAGUUGGAGACAGUAAAUGUGAAUUUUCCCAGUGUAGCAACAGUCCAAGAUGUUCAUAUAAGUGUCCAAGUGAGGGAAGCACAGGACAUGAAAUAGAAAGCUUCCAUAACAAAGGAUAUGAAGAGGAUGUACCAAGCGAUAGUACAGCUGUCCUUAGUCCAGAGGAUAUGUCAGCUCGAGGAUCGUCUUCACAGCUUCCUAAACCUUUUGAUCCUGAGCCAGUAGCUAAAUAUGGCACGUUGGAUGUGACUUUUGACUAUGACUCACAGGAACAGAAGCUUUUGGUGACAGUGACAGCUGUCACAGACAUUCCCACGUACAGCAGGACAGGUGGAAGCUCGUGGCAAGUACACCUAGUUCUUCUCCCCAUAAAGAAACAGAGAGCGAAAACCAGCAUCCAGCGGGGACCGUGCCCUGUCUUCACAGAGACAUUCAAAUUUAAUCACGUUGAGUCUGAGAUGAUUGGCAAUUACGCAGUUCGCUUUAGACUCUACAGUGUACGUCGCAUGAAAAAGGAGAGGAUUGUGGGAGAAAAGAUUUUUCACUUAACAAAAUUGAAUCUUCAGGGGAAGAUGUCAGUGCCAGUGAUAUUGGAACCUUCUUACAGUCUGUCUGGUUGUGACUCUCAAAUGAGCAUGUCAGAAGUAUCCUGCAGUGAAAGUACCUCCUCUUGUCAGUCUCUGGUGCAUGGCUCAGCUCCAGAAAUCCUCAUUGGCCUCCUUUACAAUGCUACAACUGGAAGAUUAUCAGCAGAAGUGAUAAAAGGCAGCCACUUCAAAAACUUGGCAGCAAACAGACCACCCAAUGGACUGUUCUGUUGUCUAAAACACUUGAUAGGUGGACAGGUUUAUAUAAUUCGAGAUACGUAUGUUAAAUUAACACUCCUGAACUCCAUGGGGCAAGAGAUGUCCAAAUGCAAAACUUCAAUCCGACGAGGACAGCCAAAUCCAGUGUACAAAGAAACCUUUGUUUUCCAAGUGGCGCUGUUUCAGCUCUCGGAUGUAACGCUCAUACUGUCUGUAUAUAACAAGCGCAGCAUGAAACGGAAAGAGAUGAUCGGCUGGAUAUCCUUAGGUCUCAACAGCUCAGGAGAAGAUGAACUCAACCACUGGACUGAAAUGAAAGAAUCUAAAGGACAGCAAGUAUGUAGAUGGCAUACUUUACUAGAAUCUUAA